AUGGAAUCCGAACAAAUUAAUGGACAAGAAGAGAAUGUUCGAGUUGUGGUUCGAGUUCGUCCAUUAAGUACGAAAGAACAAAAUUUUAAUUGUAUAAACAUAGUAAAUGUGGAUACAUUAAAUCGAUCGUUAACUGUGAAAAAACCAGGCAGUAAUUUGGAACCACCGAAAACGUAUACUUUUGACUAUGCAUUCGAUGAGACUGCUACACAGAUGGAAAUAUAUUCGGAGACAACUAGAAAUAUUGUAGAUAGUGUUAUUGAUGGUUAUAAUGGUACGAUUUUAGCAUAUGGACAAACUGGUACAGGUAAAACGUAUACAAUGACAGGAAAUACAACACCAGAAACACGUGGAAUUAUACCAAAUACGUUCGCACAAAUAUUUGGGCACAUUGCAAAAGCUGACCCAAUUUUUAAGUUUUUAGUUUGUGUGACAUAUAUUGAAAUUUAUAAUGAAGAGAUUCGAGAUUUAAUUACUAAUACAGGAAACUUAGAAGUACGUGAAAAUAAUAAGGUUGGGGUAUUUGUAAACGGUUUAACUGGUUACAUAUGUAAAAAUGCUGAUGAAAUCGAUAAUAUAUUAAAAUUGGGUUCCCAAAAUCGUAUUGUGGCUGCAACAGCCAUGAAUGAAGAAAGUUCUCGAUCGCAUGCAAUAUUAAACAUUACCGUAGAGUCCAGUAUACGUGAACCAGGUGGAACUACACGAUUCUUACAAGGCAAAUUAAGUUUAGUCGAUUUAGCUGGGUCAGAACGCCAACAUAAAACUCAUGCGGCGGGGAUUCGAUUAAAGGAAUCCGCUAAAAUUAAUUUAUCAUUAUCAGUACUUGGAAAUGUGAUAUCUGCGCUAGUUGAUGGAAAAUCUACCCAUGUGCCAUAUAGAAAUUCGAAAUUAACACGAUUGUUGCAAGAUUCGUUAGGGGGUAAUUCAAAAACAGUGAUGAUUGCAACUAUUGGACCUGCUGACACGAAUUAUGAAGAAACUAUCAGCACUUUAAGAUAUGCAAAUCGUGCAAAGAAUAUUCAGAAUCAUACAAAACCGAAUGAAGAACCUCAUGAUACUUUGAUUCGAGCUUUCGAAAAACAAAUAAACGAUUUAAAACGACAAUUAGAAGAAGAGUCAAUGCGUAAUCCAAUCGUUGUGGAAGAAAUUGAAGUUGAAGAAGAUGAAGAAGAAGAGGAGGUUAACGAUUUUAAACCACGAAGAACGUUGUACACAUUACCAGAAGUAUUAGAAAAUCAACAAUCACACUUGAACGAUACUACACGAAGUGAAGACGUGAGUUUUAAUGAUGUGUCUAAUAAACUGAACAAAACAUUUACGCUGGAAAAAAACCCACAUCAUGAUGAAUUGAAUAAGACAAUUAGUGAGCAAGCGCAAUUAAAAGAGAAAUUAUCGAAAUUAGAGGAGAAAAUUUUAGUUGGUGGUGAAAAUUUGUUAGACAAGGCGCAAAUUCAAGAGCAAUUGUUAGAAGAAUCGGCAAAAGAGUUAGAACGACGUCGAAAGAAUGAAGAAGAAAUUUUAGAAUCGAUCAAAAAUAUUGAGAUGGAACGAAUUGAUAUUGAAGAACGUUAUAACAAUUUAGCCGAAGCAGUUGAUGCUAAAACAAAAGAAUUAAAUAACGUUGCAGCUUUGUUGGCAACAACAAAAUCCGAAUACGCUGAUUUAAAGCAAGAGCAACAACGUGAAAUGGAGGGUACAUUAGAAAACAUGCGUAGUGUAACCAAAGAUUUACAAUUAGCUGAUAUUAUUAUUAACGAACAUAUUCCUUUAGAAUAUUACAAAAAACUGGAAUCAUUUGCCCAAUGGAAUGAAGAAAUUGGGGAAUGGCAAUUAAAAUGUGUCGCCUACACUGGGAAUCAUAUGCGUAAGCAUGAAGAAUGUCGUGAAUCAAGAUUUCAAAACAUUGCAACUGAAUUGGCGCAUGAUAUUGAAUUUCCAGUAUACAUGCCUUAUUUAUCGCAUAAACCUCACAGUAAAUUUCAUACUGGUGUUCCGCGUCCAAAAACUGCUGUACUAUCCCGUAGCCGUAAAGGAACAUCAACUGAUUUACAUAGUAAUUAAUGACGACUUCUUUCCCAAGCAUGCCGUGUUAUUAAUGAAAUCAAUUAAAAAUUCAAUGAUUAUAUAACAGUCCCCUUUAACGCCAAAAUUAUCCACUGGAAACGCUGUUGUUGCUUCUAUUGUCCCUACUAUGAUUUCCGCACCCAACGUCGAGUAUACAAAAUUCAGUGAAGUUCACCCUGUAUGAUUGAAACUAAGAGUGCUUGCCAAUGAAUAAAAAGCAAGUAAGCUAUGAAUGUAAAUACAAAAUUUUGUAAACAUUUUGUUCCAAAAUGUACAAACCAAGUAACGAAAAUAUUCAUUUACAUUCAAUGCCAUCGAAACUAAAUAAUAAUUUAUCAUUAUUGUGUGCUACUGAAUUUUCAAAGGCUGAAUUAUUUACAGUUAUUCAUGGACAAUAUGUGAAUAUUAUUUCUUUAAAAGAAAAUUCUAUUCAGGGGCUGUACAAACAAUUGUAUAUUGAAAAACAACAGAAAUACGGCAUUAUAAGAGAAGUGAAAUGGUUAAAUUUAUACGGCCAAUCAUAUUUAAUAAUUCUAUCGAAUAUAGGAAUACAAAUUUAUAGAAAAGACAAUCUUCAAAAGCCAAUAUUUAGGCACGAGUGUCUUGAACAUGGCGAUGGGCAAGGUUAUAUGCAAGGUAUUUGUUGCGUUGAUUUACGUUAUAUUUGUGUUGGAUCAUCAAUGGGGACUAUAUGGAUAUUUAGGACUGACCACCAAAGUGGUCAAUUUGAGUUUUUAAAAUGCCAUUUUGCUCAUAACGGAUCUAUUGUAUAUUUGGUUAGCAAUGGAAAUUAUUGUAUAUCAUCUGGAAUGGAUAAACGAAUUCUGGUUUGGAAGUUACGGCACGAAAUAUUUUAUAAAUUUCGGGAUUUAACUAUUGAUAGUCCAAAAGCCGCCAUAUGUACAUCAAUUAUAUUCUUGUAUUACACUAUAAUCUGUGGUUAC